GUCUUCCGGGCUGGCUCGCGGGACCUCUCGUUCAGUUUAGUGGGGUAAAGGUGAGGAGAGCUGACGCGGACAACAACACACUGGAGCUCGUCACCAUCCUGCUGAAAGAGAGGUACCUGCUCACUGUGGAUGCAGAACGCCUGAGGUAGCAGAAACUGAAGGAGGACAAAGAAAUGGCCAAUAAUUUGCCACACUCUCUGCCUGAGCGGACUUUCCAAUACCAAAGCAGCCUGCCAUCCCUGCCUGUUCCGACACUAGGGAUCAGCCUUUCAAAGUAUCUGGAUGCAGUUCGCCCAUUUGCAUCUGAGACGGAGUAUAAGGCUACAUUAGACAUUGUGAAGAAAUUUGAAGUGGGUGUUGGUGAAGAGCUGCACCAGAAGCUGCUGCAGAGAUCCAAGGCAAAGAGGAACUGGCUGGAAGACUGGUGGUUAGAUGCUGCGUAUUUGGAGCUUCGCACCCCCUCUCAGCUGACUGUGAACUUUGGUGGUCCGGCACCCUACCUGGAGCACUGCUGGCCUCCUGCUGAGGGAACUCAUCUGCAGAGGGCGAGCAUAGCAACAUGGCAUACACUCCAAUACUGGAACCUGAUCCGCACGGAGACGCUGCCUCCUCAGAAAGCUGGUAAAACAGCGUUGGAUAUGGACCAGUUUAGAAUGCUCUUCUGCACCUGCAAAGUACCCGGGGUAAAGAAGGACACCAUUUACAACUAUUUUAAAGCAGAAAGUGAGGGUCCGUGCCCAUCCCAUGUGGUAGUGAUGUGUCGAGGACGGAUCUUCACAUUUGAUGCACUCUGUGAUGGAAAAAUCCUCACUCCUCCAGAACUACUCAGGCAGCUGAGCUACGUGGAGAAAGUCUGUGAGGGAGAGCCCGAGGGAGACGGAGUGAGCGCUCUCACCACAGAGGAGAGGACUUGUUGGGCGAUGGCCAGGGAGCAUCUAAUAAGCAUUGAUCCACACAAUAAGACCAUCCUGGAGACCAUCCAGAGCAGCCUGUUCGUCAUUUCUCUGGAUGAAAGCAAACCAUACUCCUCGGCAGAGAACUACACAAAUAUGGCACGGGAAGCCCUUAAAGGAAACCCCACCAUCCGCUGGGGGGACAAAUCGUACAACUCACUUGUGUUCUCAGACGGCACUUUUGGAUCCAACUGUGAUCAUGCACCUUAUGAUGCCAUGGUCCUUGUGUCUUUGUGUUGGUAUGUGGACCAGCAACUCAAAGCUACAGAAGGCAAAUGGAAGGGGUCAGACGCAGUCAGAGCGAUUCCCCCUCCUGAGGAGCUGGUGUUUACUGUGGACGAAAAAACUCGUAGUAACAUCCGUCAAGCCAAACAGCAAUACCUGGAGUCGACACAGGACCUGCAGGUUGUGUGUUAUGCCUUUACAGCGUUUGGAAAAUCAGCCAUUAAAGAGAGGAAGCUGCAUCCAGACAUCUUCAUUCAACUAGCAAUGCAGCUAGCCUACUACAAACUGCAUAAAGGGCCAGGAAGUUGUUAUGAGACCGCAAUGACUCGCACGUUCUACCACGGCAGGACAGAGACGAUGCGCCCCUGCACUGAGGAGGCUGUGAACUGGUGUAAAGCUAUGAUAGACCCCACGUGUGAUGUUAAUGCCAGGAGGAAAGCCAUGAGACUCGCCUUUCUUAAACACAGCAAACUGAUGGCUGAUGCCCAGGAGGGAAAAGGUUUUGACAGACAUCUUCUUGGGCUGUAUCUUAUCGCCAAAGAGGAGGGACGUCCCACUCCAGAUCUCUUCAUGGAUCCCCUCUAUGCAAGGAGUGGUGGUGGAGGUAACUUUGUGCUGUCGUCCAGUCUGGUGGGCUACACAACAGUUCUGGGGGUCGUCGCUCCCAUGGUGCACCAUGGCUAUGGCUUUUUCUACCGCAUCAGAGAUGACAGGAUUGUGAUCUCUGUCUCAGCGUGGACAUCUUACCGUCAGACAGAUGCUGCAUCACUUUUCAACAACUUCAGUAGCUCCAUGCAUGAGAUGCUCCACCUGGCCACCACAUCUCAGCUAUAGAGUCACACACAACAGACUCGCCCAAUUGAACAUUAUAUAUGACCGUUAAUGCUCACACAGUUUGCAUACCACCAGUUUAUAGCCGACAGCUAGCGAUAGUCCUUUUUGUUCUCAGCACAGAUCAAUGCAAAGGUAAUCAGUGCCAUCAGGGGAUAGCCACUGGUUUUAAGAGUUAUAAAAAAAAAAUCCAAUGUGAAUGUUUUUCUUCCUGCUGUAAAUAUUUCCUGAUUUUCCUGAUUGUAGUCAAAUUUUUAUUGAGAAUUUUUAAUUUGAAACCUGACAGUAUUAAAGCUAAGGUGAGGCUAAGGAUCGAAGAAUAUAAUUUCUGGCUGCUUCGAAUGUUCAGAUUUUUUUCUGUGAAAAUAAAAUGGCAUUCCAUAUCGAACCCAUGAAGGUAACUUUUGAUCAGUUAAAUUGUUCAUGUUUUUAAUUGAUGAUCAAAAAUGAAUGAAGAGCAAACAGCCAUACAUGCUUGCUGCAAGUUUGUCUGUGCAAAAAACUUGCACAGAUCAUGGAUUGUAGAUUUUUGUCCCUUAUAAUUUACUUUGGAUGCAUAUUAGAGAAAGAUAUUUUAAAGCUGUAAUGAACAGGAGUUCAGAACUGUUAUAUUCCAUAUGAGGUAGACACACACACACAGUUUAUAUCUCUGCAUUUAAAGCCUUAAACCACUCUGUUAUCUGCUUGUUAUGAUUGACCUUUUCUUAAAUGAAUAAAUGUUAAUAACAUUAUUGUUAUUGCUUCAACGUAUAACUGAGAAACAGACCAAUAUUUUCUAUGCUUGAUCAUAAUUGAAUGUGAUUCAGGAACAUCCAGUAAGGUUGUCUCGACAUGAUGAUGAGAAAAACUGCUCGAUUUCAUAUCUUUGUCCAAAUAAAGAAAUGAUGUUGAAACAAA